ACGGCGUGCAUCAUGACCAAAGUAUUUGAAGCACCUAGCACAGGGCAUGUCAGCAUGGGAAGUUCGGAACACUGUCUGACUUUCGCGUCAUCACUGGGGUCCGGAGGAAAACACUCUGGAGCAAGCCAUCUGCAGGUAAUGAGCACCAACAAUAGUAACCCCAGCGGCAAGCGGGAACCAGGUCAUCUAGUCAAAGGAUGUGUUUAUUGCACCAAAGCUCAACGCCCUGGAGAGAAGACUCUUCAAUGUUGCUCAGUCUGUAAGACCGCGCUGUACUGCGACACGAAAUGCCAGAAGGCUGACUGGCCGUUUCACAAAGAGCACUGCCAUUCUAAAGACAAAAGGCGAAGAGAGAUAAGAUCGGCUGAGCCCGACGGCGGAAAAGCCGUGCACGACUUCGAUAAAUGGAUAUCUCAUCACAACCCUCUAUUCACCCUGGUGCUCUAUCGCGCACUCAAGCUCGAGACGGACCCGGACGCGUUCAAAACCAAAGGCCUGUUUAUCAGCUUCAAAGAAAAAGAGAAUCGUGAAAGUUACCCGCUCCACCAGAGAUACGUCGUCUCAUUUGGAUAUGUCGCGGACCUCGACAUGGUUCGCAGUGUGGCUAACACUUCAGGCGCCGGUGGCAUCGCGGACUACGAUCGAGCGCUAGCGUCUGACCGCCGAAUUGGCAUGCUUGUGUUGAUGUGCCCGCCCCUGCUGUGUCAAUGGCAACGAGCACAGUUGAUGACGCCCGAAGAGCUCAAGGAUGCAGCGCCAAUUGUAGGCGGUGUUCCUGAAGACUGGGUUCCAUGGUUGAAUAAGGCCGUUAACGAAAAUUAUGUGACGAAGAUCAAGUUCGGAAAGUCCAGUGGGAAACAGUAA